CGCGCUUCGUCAUCCUGCUUUUCCGCUUUUCCGAAUCGAAAAUGCGUGCCAAACUGCAUGAAAAGGAAAACUUGGUCAGUUGAGGUCUCAGUUCGGGUCGGGUUUGCACUUCAACAGCACUGCGGAAGCGGAGAAAACUCGUCGCCAGAGCGGACGGGCCAAACAAUAAGCCAGCGUAGUAAUAUCGACUUCACACCGCCCUCGAUAUAUAUAUUAUAUAUAUGAUAUUCGCCAGAAAACGGUAUCGGAAUGAAAUCCAAAAGUGCCAACCCAUUGAGGGGCUAAUCCAAUGCGUUGGAAAAUGAUUGAAAAUCGCGUGGAAAAUGCAGUGUGCGAAUUGAAAUGUGUAUUUGUGUUUUGAAUUUUUAACGCUCAACCCAAGUGUUUCCAUUUUUUGCAGUGAGUGAGUGAGCGAGCCACAGCCAGCGGCAAUUGCACAUAAGUUGCAACAAGCGAAGUAACAACUACAACAAGAGCAAAAACAACGUAACAAAAUAGGUAAAACAGUAUAAACAACACAGCAUUGUAAGCUGGCUGCAAGGCGUUGCCAGAUUGUUGGCCAACAGCAACAGCAACAAGCACACUAACAACGGCUACAGCAGUACUACAACAACGACAACCACAACAAUUGCCCAAAGGGCCAAAUGAACGUUGUCGGCUAGUCCGUCUGUCGCCCGCUUGGUGGCGCUAGCUAGCUGGCUGAGCAGCAACAACACUGCGUGGAAAUCCUGUCGCUAAUUAGCGGUCUGGCGACGUGUGUGCCCAUGCAGACACAAGGCGAUAGUGGAUUCCAUUGAAGUGGCUGCCGGGUUAAAUUUGUUGUCGUAACAUGGGCUGCGUCUUUGAAGCGGCCAAAGAGCAGCCCCACAAACCGAGAAGCAGGCAACUGAGGCGCAACCAAUGCCGUGGAAAAGCGGAAAAGGCAGCCGCAGGGACCAGAGGCAAGGUCUCUGUCAGAGGAAACAACGACAAGCCAGCUGAGGACAUCAGAAUCAAGGAUAACCAUCAACAAAACCAUAAAACGCAAACCGAAACACAAACAGAAGUAGCAGUAGCAGUAGCAAUAGACGCAGGAGCAGAAACAGAAACUGAAACGGAGGCUGAGGCCCAGAGAGAAGCAGCAACCGGGCCCGAACAUCUAAAAGCGGCGGCUCAAGUGCUUUUAACGAUACGGCAGGCACGUCAGGAGAACAACAAGCACAGUAGUCAAGUGGCUGAAACGCACAAGGACGAAGGCGAGGACGCGUUGGCGCGGCAAGGAUCCAUUGUCGAUACAGCGGCGGCGGCGGGCAGAAUCGGAAUCGAUAUUGCGGCAGCAACGAUUCAAAUCGCCGAGCGGCAUGAGGAUGGGCAGCAUUGGCAGCAACACAAUGUCCGCCGGCGGAGGCGCCAGCCAGAUCCUGCAGUGGAUCCUGCGAGCAACUCCAAAAUUUCGGCCAUAUCCCUGCAUUUUCACGCCCUCGCCGCCCUAGCGAAAACGCUGCAGAAGCACGAGGACCUCAGUCCUGUCCAGCAUCGCCAGCCCCAAGCGUACCGGGCGUGGCAAGGACAUCCCUAUCCCGAGACCCAACUGCCCGCCACCAUGACAGCGGCCAUCAUUGCGAACGUCGGCGCCACGGCAGCGGCCACCUCGGCGGCAGCCUUCCAGUAUCUCGGCCAGCACUACAAGCACUACAGCCAGUCGAUCAGCUUCUACGCGGCCUCCAGCGUCCUCCUGAUGCUCUGCUAUCUGACCACCGCGUCCACGGCAGCUGCCACGCAGUCGGAGACGGGUGCCCUCGACAAGCAUCCCAUUCAUGGCAUCGAUUGGUCGAAAUUUGAUGAGUCCAGUUCGGAUAAGGAAAUAUUAGAUUUACUGCUCGAGAAGAAGCGCUACGAUAAACGAUUACUGCCGCCUGUAAAUGAUGAAGACUUUUGCUGUGGUUUGCAAUCGCCCGAUAUGGCAACUAAUCAAAAUGCACGGAGACCACACAAUCGCGGCACUCUGACGGUGAACGUGAACGUGCUGCUCCUGAGCUUAGCAUCGCCCGAUGAAAGCAGUUUGAAAUACGAGGUUGAAUUUCUGCUGAACCAGCAAUGGAACGAUCCGCGACUGCAAUAUGGCAAUAAGUCUCAUUAUGACUUCUUAAAUGCUCUGCAUCAUCAUGAUAGCAUCUGGACGCCGGAUACGUAUUUCAUUAUGCAUGGCGAUUUCAAGGAUCCCAUCAUACCAAUGCAUUUCGCUUUAAGAAUAUUUCGGAACGGGACCAUUACGUACGCAAUGAGACGUCACCUGAUAUUAUCCUGCCAGGGAAGUCUUCAUAUAUUUCCAUUCGAUGACCCCAAGUGUUCCUUCUCCAUGGAGAGCAUUUCCUACGAGGAGGCCCAAAUCAAGUACGUCUGGAAAAACGACGAGGACACCCUGCGGAAGAGUCCUUCGCUGACCACAUUGAACGCGUACUUAAUCAAGAAUCAAACGACGGCCUGCGAUCAGAACAGCUGGAGAGGUAAUUACAGUUGCCUACAGGUCGAGUUGACAUUUACCCGUGAUCGUGCGUAUUAUUUUACAACCGUUUUCAUACCUGGCAUUAUAUUGGUCACCUCGUCGUUUAUCACAUUUUGGCUGGAAUGGAAUGCAGUCCCAGCCCGUGUUAUGAUCGGCGUGACAACAAUGCUGAAUUUCUUCACUACCUCGAACGGUUUCCGGAGCACUCUGCCGGUUGUUUCUAAUUUGACGGCGAUGAACGUGUGGGACGGCGUGUGUAUGUGCUUCAUUUACGCCUCCUUGCUGGAAUUCGUCUGCGUCAAUUAUGUGGGGCGAAAGCGACCCCUGCACAACGUCGUCUAUCGGCCUGGCGAGAAUCCCGUAACACAGCGUCUUCCAGCAGUACUAAGCAGGAUCGGAGUAAUUCUUGCAAGUCCUUUGGCAAGCGCCGCUGCCACGCCGGCUAUGUCGAUGAUGGGCGGUGCCACGCCCAUGUCCAGUGGCACUCCGGCCGCCUCCUCCUCGGUGGCGACGCCUGGAACCCCAAGGACCACCGAUCCGGAAGAGUUCUUCGGCGGCGGUAUGCGCUGGCAGGAGGCCCAUGGCGGAAUCAUUGGAGCUGCUGUCCAGAAUUUGAGGGCACGUUCGAUAAAACGGAAGGCGGCCAGAAGUCCAUCCACUUCCACAUCGCCCCAUCCCAGUGGACGACCCACUGAGCAUAUCUACGAAGAGCCCGGUGGAUCCACAGCCGGCGUUACAAGUACCAAAGUCAAGUUCAAGGACGAGUUAAGGGAGGAGCAACCGGAGGAGCCGGAGUCCAGCACCAAACUACGCCGAUCGGUGGCCACCAGUACACCGGCUUUGGUUGUAAGGAUCGAGGCCGAAACCGAUCUGGAGGCGGAAGCCCAGCCCAAACAGGAUAUGGAAAUGACAGAACGUCAGUUGUCCUUGCCGCUGAAGCCACCGCGCAGGAAGGCCUCACGCUCCAAUUCACCAGCCUCGGUUUACAGCGAUGCAUUCGAGAAUGUGGAAACUACAGGCGAAAAGCGUCAAAACGCCGGGGCCCCGAACGAAAUCGUGGCAUGCACCACCUGCGGCGGCAGCAACAGUCCGUGCACCCAUUCGGCGAACAAUGGAUGUGCCACGGAGACCUGCUUCGUUCAAGUGCGGAAAAAAGAGCCACCGCAUCCGAUUCGAGUGGCCAAGACGAUCGAUGUCAUCGCUAGAAUUACAUUUCCAACUGCUUAUGCCAUUUUUCUGAUAUUCUUCUUUGUACACUAUAAAGGAUUUUCGUAAAAUUAAGCAAACACACUACAAGCAAAGCAUAAACAUACAUAUAUAGAUACUUGAACACGCUAAAUUGCCGAAGCAAAGCCAGAAAACCCGUAAAGUAAUUUGUAGAGAAACAUGCAGACCGACAUGGAAACUCGUUUGCUAAAUUCUAGGGCCUUGCAAAGUCAUCUAAUUUUAAUGGAACAAAGGGAAACACAAAGUACAUCUAAUUAUUCAUUAACGAUUUUUUAAAUGGCAACAACAUGACAAAACCAGUGAUAAAAACGUCAAAAUGAAAACAUUAGUUUAAACUGAGUUGUUAAUGGGG